GUUGAUUGGGUGUUGGGGAGGAGAGGGAGGAAACUCUCAUUUGUGACAUCUGGGUUUCUAGCUUGGCCAACUGGGAUGGGGAAAAUAGGGGGAGAAGUAGGUUUUCUGAGUGAUGGUGAGAUUUUAAUGUAGAGCCUGAGGUGCCCAUGGAACACCCAGGAGAGUCCCUGUGGGUAUUUGGAAAUAGGGAUCUGGCUCCCAGGUGGAGAUUGUGGGAAUUUUAGUGCACCAUGGCCUGAAGCCAUAGACCUGGUAGGAAGACCAGGAAGAGUGACUGGGCUGAGAAGUGAAACGGGUCAGGGAUGGAGCCUGUGAUCAUUUGUGUUCAUGAGGCAGAUGAAGGAAGAAGAAUGUGAGAAGGAACUGUAGAGAGGGAGGGCUAGCGGGGUGAAAGGAAAACCAGGAGAGAGAGAGAUGUCAUGAAGGCCAAAGAAGAGGCACUUUCCAGAAGCACAGAGUGGUCAAGAGCACCAGAGUCAGCAAAGUCAAGCGGCCCCCUUAGAGGCCUUCCCUUGUAGGUGUUUGGCCUCGGUUCUGUGGCCCAUAUGGUUCUAGGAGAUAAAAAUCUUGGGAGCUACCUCGGUGUCAACUUGGGUUUUGGCUUCGGCGUCACCAUGGGAGUGUACGUAGCAGGCAACAUCUCUGGGGCCCACAUGAAUGCAGCAGUGACCUUCACUAGCUGUGCACUAGGUCGCAUGUCCUGGAAGAAGUUUCCUAUAUACGUGCUGGGUCAGUUCCUGGGCUCCUUCACGGCUGCUGCCACCAUCUACGGCCUCUUCUACUCAGCCAUUAUCCACUUCUCGGGUGGAGAGCUGACGGUGACCGGUCCCACAGCCACCGCUGGCAUUUUUGCCACCUACCUUCCAGAUCACAUGACACUGUGGCGGGGCUUCCUGGAUGAGGUGUUACUGACGGGGAUGCUCCAGCUGUGUCUCUUCGCCAUCACGGACAAGAAGAACCCAGAAUUUCAAGGGUCCCAGGCCCUGGUGAUUGGCAUCCUUGUUGUCAUCAUUGGGGUGUCCCUAGGCAUGAACUCAGGAUAUGCUAUCAACCCCUCCCGGGACCUGCCCCCCCGCUUCUUCACCUACCUUGCCGGCUGGGGCGAGCAAGUCUUCAGGGCUGGGGAUAACUGGUGGUGGGUGCCAGUGGUGGCACCAAUUCUGGGAGCCUACCUAGGUGGCAUCAUCUACCUGGUCUUCAUUGGCUCCAACACCCCACAGAAGCCCGAGAAAUUGGAGGACUCUGCGGCACUUGAAGACCACAGGAUAUCUGUAUUGCCCAAGACCAGCCAUGAUCCAUCCGUGGUCUCUCCCCUCACCUCUGCCUCUGUGGCCCCUACCAACAGAUCUGCAAUCUCUCCUUCCUUCACCCCUGUCUCUGGGGCCCCGAUCAAAAAAUCUUCAGUCCAGCCUGCCCCACCUGUACGUGACUCCAUGCAUGUAGAGCACUUCUAAGUAGAGAUUCUUUGUGACUCCAUCUCUAUCCCAAUAAAGAAAGCCUGUCCCACAGCAGCAGCCCCCCAACACUUCCUGAGGGCCUCCUGUGGUUGGGCUUACCUCCUGGGUUCCUCCGGGAGCUGUAGGGUUAUGCCUUAACCCAACGCUGGAGCAUAGAGCUGAGAGGCCUCAGCUUGUUCAAGCUCUGGGAGCUGGGGUGCCCCUUGGGGGAGAAUGGGGAAGAGCUGACCUGUGAGCUCAGUAGGAACAGGGUGCAAAGAAAGGAUGCCAGACACAGAACGGGGACUUUUAGGCAUAGGGGAGGGAAGAAUGGUUUGGUGGAAAGGAUCACAGCUAGCCGGUGGGAGGCUGGCUUUGGGGACACUUUGAGGGUGCCCUGGAAUGACUCUAGACGCUCUCCUGGUUCUUUCCUUCCCCCAGUCAUGGCCAGUUCUUGGACCAGACAAGGCAAGGCCCAAGAAUGCAGAUAGAAUUUCUCAGCCUUUUCUUUCAUUAGUGCCCUCCUCAGCAGCCUUUUAGACACUUAUUUUCUUAAUCACAUGAAAUUUUAAAACCACAGAUAUACAAUAUAUCUGUUUAUGUACUGUAUGUAUAUCUGUGCUUCAUACAUUAAAAAAGUUAGAUUUUUUUCA